GCCAAAGAAAAAGAGGCAAAGAACAGUGCCUUUUCAAUUUCACAAGCCCACUCAUUUCUCACCCUUUUCUCUCCCUCUCUGCUUCUGCUUCUGCUUCUACUUCAGAAAAAAAAUAAAAAAUAAAAAAUAAAAAGAAUGGCUUCGUUGCAGCACACCACAGCUUCACUUCAAUCCAAACACAUCCACUCCAGAAACAUCCUCACCCAGAAACCAAUCCUCAACCUCUCCCUCUCCGGCACCACAUUCCCUUCCCUCAACCUGAAAUUCGGCCUCGGCGCCGCCGCCGCAACUACCUCCCGCCGCUCCAACGGAGUUCUCGGAGCCAGAAUGUCCGCGACCGUUGCCGCCAGCUACGCCUCCGCACUCGCCGACGUGGCCAAUUCCAGCAACACCCUCGACGCGACCACCACCGACGUGGAGAAAAUCGAUGAAAUCUUCUCUGACCCCAAGGUGUUCGACUAUUUCUGCAACCCAACCAUCGAGGUGGAGAAGAAGCGUAAGAUGGUGGAUGACAUUGCCACGUCAUCGGGGUUUCAGCCACACACCCGAAACUUCCUGAACGUGUUGGUGGAUUCGCAGAGGAUCGAUGUGAUUCAGGAGAUAGCGAAGGAGUUCGAGCUCGUGUUUAACACGUUGACAGACACAGAGCUUGCUGUCGUGGCUUCAGUGGUGAAGUUGGAAUCUCAGCACUUGGCGCAGAUUGCGAAGCAAGUGCAGAAGCUCACUGGGGCCAAAAAUGUGAGGAUUAAGACCGUUAUUGAUCCAAGUUUGGUGGCUGGUUUCACAGUUAGGUAUGGGAGUUCUGGGUCCAAGUUGAUUGAUUUGAGCGUCAAGAAGCAACUAGAGGAAAUUGCUGCUCAGCUUGAUUUGGGUGAUAUCAAACUCGCUGUUUGAACCUUCCUUUGCAUCCUUUAUUGUUCCAUUCAAUUUCGUUUAACUACUACUACUUUUUUGGGUUAAGUAUGUGUAUGAAUCCUCAAAUGUGUACAAGCUUUUUAUGUGCUUUUGAUUUUGUUUCUUUUUCUCUCUUUUUGGGAGCAGUUUAUUUCAAUGGGUGAGAAAGUGUGGUUGUCAUAAACAGACUGGUAUAUAUAUAUAUACGUAUAUGUUCUCUACCA